AUGGCGGCCACGGAGGACGACCGGCUAGCGGGGAGCGGAGAAGGAGAGCGGCUGGAUUUCCUGCGGGACCGGCACGUGCGGUUCUUCCAACGCUGCCUCCAGGUCUUGCCGGAGCGGUAUUCUUCGCUGGAGACCAGCAGGUUGACAAUUGCGUUCUUUGCACUCUCCGGGCUGGAUAUGUUGGAUUCCUUAGAUGUGGUGAACAAAGAUGAUAUAAUAGAAUGGAUUUAUUCCUUGCAGGUCCUUCCCACAGAAGACAGAUCAAAUCUAAGUCGCUGUGGUUUCCGAGGCUCUUCAUACCUGGGUAUUCCAUUCAAUCCAUCAAAGAAUCCUGGAACAGCUCAUCCUUAUGACAGUGGGCACAUAGCCAUGACCUACACUGGACUUUCCUGUUUAAUUAUUCUUGGAGAUGACUUAAGCCGAGUCGAUAAGGAAGCUUGCUUAGCAGGCUUGAGAGCACUUCAGCUGGAAGAUGGGAGUUUUUGUGCUGUUCCUGAAGGCAGUGAGAAUGACAUGAGGUUUGUGUACUGUGCUUCCUGUAUCUGCUAUAUGCUCAACAACUGGUCAGGCAUGGAUAUGAAGAAAGCCAUCAGCUACAUUAGAAGAAGUAUGUCCUAUGACAAUGGUCUGGCACAGGGCGCAGGACUUGAAUCUCAUGGGGGAUCCACCUUUUGUGGCAUUGCAUCGCUGUGCCUGAUGGGCAAACUGGAAGAAGUUUUUUCAGAAAAGGAACUGAACAGGAUAAAGAGGUGGUGUAUAAUGAGGCAGCAGAAUGGGUACCAUGGAAGACCUAACAAGCCUGUGGACACCUGUUACUCCUUCUGGGUGGGAGCAACUUUAAAGCUUCUGAAAAUUUUCCAGUACACUAACUUUGAGAAGAAUAGGAAUUACAUCUUAUCAACACAAGAUCGCCUUGUGGGAGGAUUUGCCAAAUGGCCAGACAGUCAUCCAGAUGCUUUGCAUGCAUACUUCGGGAUCUGCGGUCUGUCACUAAUGGAAGAGAGUGGAAUUUGUAAAGUUCACCCUGCCCUGAAUGUCAGCACACGAACUUCUGAGCGCCUUCGAGAUCUACAUCAGAGCUGGAAGACCAAGGACUCACAGUGCUCAGACAGUGUCCAUAUUUCCACUUGACUGACCCUGGGUAAUGGGUUUGUAGCAUAAGUGUAGCUCAAGGUUAAAAGCCAUGUGUAACCAAGUGUGCUCUUCUUUAAGGGGUAGUUUUAAAAGUCAAAGCUUGUACUGCUAACGCUUCAGGAUGUGCUCCUGAGCCAGUAACCACUGUACUGGAUUUCAAGAAAAUCCUUGUUCAAGUUUGGACCUCAGCAGGACUCUGCUGUGGUGUUUAAUGUUUAUGCUGUGUUUCUGAGAUGUUUCAUGGGGCAGAUUGACUGUAUGUAUGCAGGUUAUCAUCUUAAAACCCUUUAUACAAGUUCUGGCUUAUAAAAUGGAUAGAAAUCUUCAAAACAAGUUUACACUUCAAAUGGCAUUGAUAAUCUUCAAUUGAGCAUUUAGUGAUCACUUAAAAAUCUAUUGCUGAUGGUAAGAAAUUUGCUUAUUGAAUUAAGUAUCUGGGAUUAUUCUUUAAAAAUUGAUGGUUUUAUAAUUUUCUUAAAGAAUAAUAUAUUUUGCGUUAUUCUUAAGGUGUGCCAACUAGACUUGGAAGCUAUACAGAUAAAAUUAAAAGUUCAUUUAAGAAAGUAAAUAGGCUUAACUAAUAGUAUAAUUUUCUAAAGGGACAGCAUUACAUAAUUGAUAGAGAAGUAAUUGGCCUGUAUUAUUAUGAAUGAGAAGGUUCUGUGUUAUGUAUCUUUAUUAGAGGUUCCUUGGGUGAGUACCUGUUGUGCUUUGUUUUAAUCCAAAUCAUUGGCUACCAUUUGUCAGGGGUGAGGGAGGAAACAAUCUUUGCCAUCUAGAAAAAAAGACAUUCAGUGUUUAUUCUUCUGAGAAACAUGACACUGUAAAUACUUGUGUGGUUAUAACUGAGUUCUUUUUAGUUGCAUAGCUGUUUUCUUUUUUCUUGUUCAGUGUUUUGUAUCUACCAUAGUUAGCUGUUUUAUCUCCCAUCUACAAGGUUGAGCAUCCUUAAUCCAAAAUCCAAUAUCUGGGCCAGGCAUAGUUGUACACGCCAUUAAUCCCAACACCUGUAUGCAGGUGUGUAUCUGUGAGUUCAAGGCCAGCCUCAUCUACAGAGUGAGUUCCAGGCCAAUUGGAGCUAUAUAAUGCAUUAGACUCUGUCUCAAAAACAAAACAAAAACAGCAACAACAAAAACAAUAAAAUCCAUUAUGUGAAAUGCUUCAGAAUCUAAAUUUUUUGACUGACAUCAUGACACAAUUGGAAAAGGUUACCCUUUACUUUAAUGUGACUGGUUACAGGUAGAUUUCAGGGACACUGUAAAUGCUGUAUAAAACUACUUGAAACUACUGAAUAAAGUAUAUGAAAUAAGUGCAUUCCAUGUUUAGACUCAGGUCCCAUCCACAAGGUAAAGUUAUGUGCAAAUAUUCCAAAAUUUGAAAACAGAAUCUAAAAUCUGAAACAUUACUUUUGGUUUCAGGCAUUUUGGAUAGUGAUACUCAACCUGUAAAUAAUUUUCUAAUGUUUUUAAGUUUGGUAAAUCUUUAAAUAUAAACAGAAUCACUGAAGUAUACAUAGUCAUUUAUAUUUUUAUAUUUUUGGCUAAGUGGGAAGGGAAUACAUUCAUUUAGAGGGAAAUAUAUAAACUAGGGUUUCACUUACUCAUUGUCUUGUUUUCUUGUCUUCUAUGAACUAACAACCAAUGGAUGGUGUAAAAAUUCCUUCUUAGCAAUCAACUUGUCAAUAAAUGACGUCCAUGAUUUGGUGACAAGAAGGAAAUUUUCUCAGAAGAGGAAAUGGGUAUGUUAGUUUUGGUAGUAAUAAACAUAUUAUUAACCUACAGACAUCAUUGUAAAAGCUAAAUUAUUAAUGUCACUGGAUAGAUAAUAGCAUUUUCAUUUAUUUCCUACAUAAAAAUACUUCUAAAGGGAAACCUGGCAUAUGAUUAAAAAUAAUAUAUCUCUUAUUGGCAUGCUCAGUUUUAGACUUGAGUUUACAGUGCCAGGAGUCUGACUCAUUGCCUGGUGUGCACAAGACCCUUGGUUCCCUGGCUUUGAUCCCUGGCCACCAAACUAAUAAGCCAACCAAAUCCUAUUUAGAAAUAAGUCUUCCAGUAGUGGAAAGAAAAGCUUUACCAAUACAUGUUAUCAUCUCAUGAGCUUCUCCAGUUUCCUCUAUUUAAACCUGAGCAAAAGACAGCAUUCCUGUCUCAAACUGAGUUGUCUCUUAGACAUUAAGAACUGAAGUAGCAUGUAUGAAUGCUGUAGGCAUAUAUCAAAAGCUGCUGCUAUUCCUGAAUUUUAUCAGUUGUUAAAAGGUAAGAAAGUUGGCUAUUGCCGGGCAGUGGUUGCACUUCCCUUUAAUCCAGCACUUGUGGACAGAGGCAGGUGGUCCUCUGAAUUCGAGGCCAGCCUGGUCUACAGAGCAAGUUCCAGGACCACCAGGGCUACACAGAGAAACCCUGUCUCAAAAAACCAAAAAUAAAAAAGUUAUGAAUAAAUAGAUUUAUAAUAUAAAAGUAAUUUAUAUUUUCACAUUCCUUGAAUAAUUUGCUAACAAAGGAAUAUUAAUGGGAGAAUGAUUCUAAUAUAUCUAAGAGGUAAGGUUCCAUGUGAUACUUUAUGGACCAAUAAACGUUCAUGUUUCAUAGAAACCAACCAAAAAUACCGAGUUGUUAUGAGAAUGGAAAAACUGUUUCUAGAGUUUCUUAAAUAGUUAAAUCUAUGGAAAAAAAUUAUUAAUAAAUUAUAAGCAACAUAUGUGAUCUGUUUUCUAAGAGUAGUGACAUAGUAAGAGGAAAAACACAAAGUUCAGAUGUACGACAUCACUCCCUCCUCCCCAACCUCUCUUUUCCUCUUAUACUUUUAAAGAGUAGUAGCAAAAACCAUUUAUUUAUUACCUACUUUUUUUUAGGUUUGACCUAUAAUAUUUGUUUUUAUUAGGUUUUUAAAUACAUAGUUAAGGGUAAUUAAGUUCAAAUAUAAAUUUUGCUGGUCAUAAUUUAAGAAGUGUUAGACCUGAUAAUAUUUGAUAGAGUGGUAAGGAGGUUAUCUAAAGCUAGAUUAUUUGAGGCUUAUUUGCCCAUUGAGCAGCAUGAUCUUGGACCCAAUUCUGCCACUGGUAAAAUGAAGUAAACAGCAGAAUUUCAUUCACUGAGCUAAAUUGAAAUUGAAUGAGGUAGUAUGUAUAGCAUUUUGUAUAAAGCAGAUUUCUAAAUACAGUUUCAUAUGAUCACCAAAGUGUUUUUAAAGUGUCUUAUACAAUAGAAAUCUUAACAGAGUUUAAACUGAAGGAACAGGCUGCCAGUGAUGUAGUUUUAACCCCCUAAGUAACAGAAAGAAUACCAACUAUAGCCAUGGUUAUUGUAGAACUAGGUGACAGGUGGUAUCCUCGAGAGCCUCAGAAUACAAGUGAAAAGAAAUGUGACCCGCAUAGUUUCACCUUCUGUGUAGAGGAUGUAGGAGGAAAGCAACCGUGUUCUGAGGCCCUGCAAAUUGGAGAUCUGUGGCAUUGCCGUGUUCUCACUACAAAGGGCAGUGGGCCAGUGUGAAAAUAAAAGCUGAGACUCAAAAGAGCUCUACAGAAAGAAUCCUCUUAGUAGGCUGGUGCAUGUUGAGACAGCAAAGGGGGGUCAUGACUGCAAGGCCCUGAGACCUACCUAAUACGUGAAAAGGCAGUAACGGCCGAGUGUUGUGUCUGGCGACGCCCAUGGUCUCAGAAGCCGAGCAAGGAGCAAGGAGCAAAACGAAACAAAGUAAAGGAAGGAGGCAGGAACGAUAAAAGCAAAAGGCAAUUAGUCUAAAGCCAAGAACUUCAAAAAGCUCCUUCUUGGCAUGGUAAGGAUGCUCAGGGAAAUAACCCAUCGGCUAAUCUCCUUAAGAGACAGGAGAGACAGUGGGAAAACUUAAAUGACAAGGGGAAAGGGCCAUUCAAUACAGCUGUUUUCCAGAUGGCUUAGGAAUCGCAGACAAAUUCAAAGGUGAAGGUUUUAGAGAAAAAAACACAAGUUGAUAAAAUUUAAUACAGAGAACACAACUGCCAUAGGGAAAUGCAAAUAAAAGUCCAUUGUACAAACUUGGAAGAUUGAAGAAUCUCAGUUUUCUUUGAUAAUUCCAGAGGCCAGAAAAAGGAUCUUGAAUUUUUAAUUGCUGCAUACAAGAAAAAAAUUUCCAUAUUUACUUUGUAAAGUUGGUAUAACAGCAUUGAUUCAAAAAUACAACAAAUGUUGUGCCAAAAAUGGAAAUUCUAGGUAAGUCAGGCUUCCUAACAUCUUCAGAGCUGUGGCAAUAGCUCUUUCAGUAGUGUUCGCCACUCAAUCGUUAAGACCUGAGUUUGAGCCCCAGCACUCAUGUAAAACACUGGUCUUGAUGUUGAGCACUUAUGCCUAGUGCUGACAGGCAGAUCACUGGAGCUUGUUAGCUAGCCAGCCCCGCCUAAUUGAUGAACCUCAAAUUCCCCUGACGACCCCCGUCUAGAAAAUAAGGUGCAGCAGGUGGGCUGUUUUGGUUGGUAGAGGCUCUGGCUUUACAAACCUGGCAAUCUGAAGUAGUGAACUCAUGUAAAGGUGGAGGGAGAAAACCAACUCCUCAGAGUUGUCCUAUGGCCUCCAUAUGCAUGGCCAUGACACGUGUAGCCAUACACACAAAUAAUAAUAAAUUUUAACCCAGCGUGAAAAGCUAAAGAACAACUCAGGUUGACCUCAGGACUCCACCCUCCUCCAUAUCAAAUUAUUCAGUGAUUUGUUAGGCUCACAACCCAGUAGCGCUUGAAAGAGGGAAUAAAGUCAUGGCUCAUUGGAGUUUUUAUUAGGAAUGUAAGGAUAGUUCAAUUUUAUACAAUCUUUCUAUGGUGUUAAAAGACAUCUGAUUUGAUAGAAUCAAGUGCUCAUAUCAGAAAUUGAAAUACAAUUCACUGGCAUAGCGUCUCUGCCCUAGAGGCAAGCUUUUCACCAUUGAGACCAAAAAACCUUUCUGACAAACCAGAGUAUGGCUGUCCUUACUGUCUCCUGUACUACGUAACACCAUUCUAGAACUUUUCAUCAAGGAAGUUAGAGCAAAAGCAUGAACCAGGAAGAGUUAGACUUAGAUCAUCUACUUGAAAAACCAAAACCUUAAAAGAAGCUGAGUUAGCUGCAGUAAUUAAUGUGAAGGCAGCAGGAGGCUUCAGCAGACCUAUGGGAAAGGACUGUGUUUCCACAGUUUCAGAUCAGGCCAAGUGUUGUGAGAAACCUUCCUCUUCAGCCCCUUCCUCCCUCCCCAAAAGUAAGUGCAGUCAGGACUGGCUCCAUCACCAGCCACAUCCAUCUGUUUGUGAGCUUUAUACAAGUAAAACCAUGUAGUACACAUUGUUUUUUACUUGGCUUCUUUGCCCUAGAAGAGAAUACAAGGGCUCUCUGGUGCUGGUAAUGUUUGUUCCUGACCUAGGUGCUGGUUACAUAGGUGCGUUCAUUUUAUGAGUAUUUACCAAGCUGUUUAAUCAGUCAUGCUUUGCGCACUGUUCUGUAUGUGUAAAUACAAUUCAAUAAAAAUGUUUAGAAAAAAAAGACUUCAUUUAUACAUAUCUACAUAAACCUUAAAUAGUUUAGAAAACAUACCUCAAGACCUCUCUUUGUGAUUGCUGAAACAGAAAGACUCAUGUAUGAGCUCAAGAAGGCAUGUGUAAAACUAACCUACAUGAAAAAAUCCUGUUUUGGGGGAAAAAAAAUCCUAUCUUGGAAGACAAAAUAGACUUGAGCAAGGAUGCACCUUGUUAAUAGGAAGACAGCAACAAAACAGGUUUCUUCUUGGGUUAGUUUUUUAAUUUAAUACCACUGCAAUAAAAAAACUAUGCUUGUUCUUAUUUGAGAGAACAUAUUAGAAUAGGCAGUAAAACUGGAAAAGUAAGAAGAAACCAGCUCCACCAGACACUGAGUGUGUUGGUAAAAGCUAUCAAAAUUAAAUACGUAUACACCUUGCUCAGGCAGUUCAAUAUCCAGAGCUUUACAUUAAGCACACAAAUAGAUGAUGUGUCUCAAUGACCUUCUAUUGUAUAUGGCAGUCAUAGGAGAAAAGACUGUGUCACAUUUACACAGUGUGAUACUAUAAAAGUGUUAAAGACACAAUGGUGUUUGUAAUAUAUUGCUAAAUGAACCAAAAGUUUGGUACUGAAAAAUAGUCCAGUGAAACAAGGGGAAUGAAAUGUCACAAGAAGUCCCAGCAACACGUUAAAAUACAAUAAAGACAACAUCUGAAAUCAGUGAGAAAAACUUAAAGUAUUUUGAGAUGUCCUCGGAGUAACUAUUCACAUAUUUCCAAAUACUUGAAGAAUGUAUAUAGCUUCAUCCAUUUCAAACCUUUGCAUGUUUCACUAUACGUCGAGAUACUGUAUAUUCAUUCUGUAACGUAAGUUUUUGUCGUUCAGUGAUAUAAAUGUCUUUAAUAUGUGUAUUUUAACGGCUGAGUAUUGCCCAGUUACUAUUGGUGUCUUGUU